CUAUGUGACCUUUUUUAAAAGCCAGUUGGUAUAUAAAAAAAAAGUUUUGUUUCUCAAUAACCUUGCUCUUUUUUAUAAACUUUUUUUUGUAAUCAUGUCCGAAUUGAAAGAACAAAAGCCUGCUGCUGCACCCGCUGUUGCACCUGCUGCCGAACUUGACCCUGCCGCUGCUGCCAAGAAGGCUGCUAAGGAUGCUAAAAACGAAGAAAAGCGUCUUGCCAAACAAGCCAAGUUCCUUGCUAAGCAAGCUAAAAUAGACGAGGUUAAAAAGGCUGAGGCCGCCAACCCUGAAAAGAAGAAAAAGAAGGUUGUCAAAGCUGAACCUGCACCUGUUUUCGUCAACAAGACCCCCAAGGGUGAAAAGAAGGACAUGUCUGAGCCUAUUGCCAGUGCUUAUGAUCCCAAGGCUGUUGAAAGUGCUUGGUAUGAUUGGUGGGUUAAGGAAGGUUUGUUCAAGCCUGAAUUCGGUCCCGAUGGAAAGCCCAAGCCUGAAGGUACAUUUGUUAUCCCUGCUCCCCCACCCAAUGUUACUGGUUCUCUUCAUAUCGGUCAUGCUUUAACCGUUGCCAUUCAAGAUGCCUUGGUUCGUUGGAACCGUAUGUUGGGUAAGACAGUUUUGUUUAACCCUGGUACCGAUCAUGCCGGUAUCUCUUGUCAAUCUGUUGUCGAAAAGAUGUUGUGGAAGGAAAGAGGAAUCACUCGUCACGACCUUGGCCGUGAGAAGUUUAUCGAGGAGGUAUUUGCCUGGAAGGAUAAGUUUGGUAAUAAAAUCUUCAGUCAAUUUGAACGUCUUGGUGCUUCUUUUGAUUGGGAUAGAGCUGUAUUCACUAUGGACCCUAAGCCUUCUAUGGCCGUCCGUGAAAACUUUAUUCGUCUUCAUCGUGAUGGUAUUGUCUACCGUGCUAACCGUCUCAUCAACUGGUGUGUUCAACUCAAUACCGCCUUAUCCAACUUGGAAGUCGAGAACAAGGAAAUCCCAGGUCGUACCUUGAUGUCCGUCGCCGGUUACGAUGCCAAGGAGAAGUUCGAAUUCGGUGUCCUUAACGAAUUCGCUUAUGAAGUCGAAGGUACCAGUGAGCGUCUUGUUGUUGCUACCACACGUAUUGAAACCAUGUUGGGUGAUACCGCUAUUGCUGUCCACCCCGAUGAUAAGCGUUAUACUCAUCUUCACGGUAAAUUUGUCGUCCACCCUUUCAACGAACGUCGUAUUCCUAUCAUUACUGAUGAUAUUGCUGUCGACAUGGAAUUCGGUACUGGUGCUGUUAAGAUCACCCCUGCUCACGAUUUCAACGAUUAUGAAGUCGGUAAGCGUCAUGAUUUAGAAUUCAUCAACCUCUUGAACGAUGAUGGUACUUAUAACGCUAACGCUGGUCCUUAUGCCGGUAUGAAGCGUUUCCAUAUCCGUAACAAGAUUAUUGAGGAUUUAAAGGCUAAGGGAUUAUUCGUUGGUGUAAAGGAAAACCCUAUGACCGUCCCUGUUUGCUCCAAGUCAGGCGAUAUCAUUGAACCAUUGAUGAAGCCUCAAUGGUGGGUCAAGUGUCAAGGUAUGGCUGAAAAGGCUAUGAAGGCUGUCACCGACGGUGAGCUUAAGAUCGCCCCCAAGAUUUCUGAAGGUGAUUGGUUCCGUUGGUUAGGUAACAUCAACGAUUGGUGUAUUUCUCGUCAAUUAUGGUGGGGUCAUCGUGUUCCUGCCUACUUUGUUAACAUUGAGGGCGAAACUCAUGAUUCUAUUGAUGAUGAGAUGUGGGUCUCUGGCCAAGAUGAAGCUGCUGCUCGUGCCGAAGCCGAACGUAAAUUCCCUGGUAAAAAGUUCACUCUUGAGCAAGAUCCCGAUGUUUUGGAUACUUGGUUCUCCUCUGGCUUAUGGCCUUUCUCUAUUCAAGGUUGGCCCGAGCAAACCUUUGAGAUGGAGCACUUCUAUCCUGCAUCUCUUUUAGAGACUGGUUGGGAUAUUCUUUUCUUCUGGGUCGCCCGUAUGGUCAUGCUCGGUAUUCAAUUGACCGGUAAGGUUCCCUUUGCUGAGGUCCUUUGUCAUGCCAUGAUUCGUGAUGCUCACGGUCGUAAGAUGUCCAAGUCUCUCGGUAAUGUCAUUGAUCCCGUUGAUGUCAUUGAAGGUAUUAGUCUCGAAGGUCUCCACAAGAAGCUUUAUGAAGGUAACUUGGAUCCUCGUGAAAUUAAGAAGGCUGAGUCUGGUCAAAAGGCGGAUUUCCCCAAGGGUAUUCCCGAGUGUGGUACUGAUGCUCUUCGUUUCGCCCUUUGUGCUUACACCACCGGUGGUCGUGAUAUUAACCUCGAUAUUCUUCGUGUCGAAGGUUAUCGUAAGUUCUGUAACAAGUUAUGGAAUGCCACCCGUUUUGCUUUAAUGAAGUUGGGUUCUGACUUCAAGCCUAACGCCUCUGCUGAACCUACCGGUCAUGAAUCUUUGGUUGAUAAGUGGAUUUUGGCCAAGCUUAACAAAUGUGCUAUUGAUACCAAUAAGGCUUUAGAAGAACGUAACUUUAUGGGUGCUACCCACGCUGUCCAUCAAUUCUGGCUUUAUGAUCUCUGUGAUGUCUAUAUUGAAGCUGUCAAGCCUAUCUGUGAUGCCGAUACCACCGGUGAUGAAGCCGCUACCACUCGUAAGGUUACUGCCCAGAACACCUUGUACACUUGUCUUGAGGCCGGCCUUAAGCUCAUGCAUCCCUUCAUGCCUUUCGUCACUGAAGAGUUGUUCCAACGUCUUGAACGUCGUCCCGGUCAAGAAGUCUCUACCAUUGUCAAGGCUAGCUACCCUGUUGCCAACAAGGCUUAUGAGUUCACAGAAGAGGAGAAGUUAUUCGAUACCGUGUUUGAAGGUGUCAAGACUAUUCGUUCUAUCGCUGUUCAACUCAAGCAAAAGAAAGAAAUUGUUGCAUCGAUUCAAGCCGCCGAUGCUGAUAAAACCAAGCUCUUUGAGUCUGAGAAGGAUGUCAUCGUUGCCUUGGCAAAGGGUGUUUCUCAAUUAACCAUUUUAGAAGCCAGCGCUGAAGCACCUACCGAUUCUGAAUCUGGUCCUGCUGGUGAGAACGUCACUGUUUACGUUCGCAAGUAAAUGUAUAAAUAAUCCCCACAUAUACACGUCUCAUUUUCUUCUUUUAAAACUUAUC